AUGGUCUCUUUUCUUCCAAGGCCACCACUCCAUCCCGACCUCGCUGAGGUGCACAGCCAACUUCCCCAAAAUGAUAAUAUCAGCACGCCAGAGCAAAUCGCCACUCGUCGCAAAUUCCUGGAUUUCUCCUUGGAACAGACUCUACAAGGGAGAGAGCAUCUCAUCUCCCACGAAGAAAAAGAAUUCCAAGGACCAGCAGGGACGCUGAAAGCAUCUAUUUUCCGCCCGAAACAAGUCAAUAAAUCCCUCCUCGAAAAGCCAGGAUAUAAAACUCCAGGAAUUCUUCACAUGCACGGCGGUGGGCACAUGUCCGGAAGCCGCUUCGUGGGAAUUGAAGGUGUACUAGACUGGGUGGAAGAGUUCGGUGCUAUCAUUGUUUCUGCAGAAUAUCGUCUAGCACCGGAGCAUCCCCAACCUGCCCAGCUAGAAGAUAGUUAUGCGGCCCUGUUGUGGAUGAACGACAAUGCCCAAGAGCUAGGGUAUAGCCGCGACCAUCUGAUUGUGUGUGGAAGUUCAGCCGGCGGCAAUCUUGCCGCGGGUGUCGUAUUGCUAGCUCGCGAUCGCGCAGGGCCAAAGAUUCGGGGUCAAUUGUUGAUGUAUCCGUGGCUUGAUGAUAGCAAUGAGACUCAUUCCAUGCUGCAAUUUGGAGAUAUUGUACCGUGGACGAGGUCAAAUAGUGUCGACGCCUGUAACUAUGCCUUAGGGGUGAACCGCGAGCAUGUCACUAUGUAUACUGUUCCUUCUCGUGCUAAGGAUCUUGGUGGAUUGCCGCCCACGUGGAUUGAUGUGGGUGACACGGAUGUUUUCCGUGAUGAGGAUGUUAAUUAUGCAUCUGCGCUUUGGAAAGCUGGUGUCUCGACUGAGUUGCAUGUAUGGCCGGGCUGCUGGCAUGGGUUUGAUGUUUUUGUACCAAAUGCGCCGAUCAGUCGUCGGGCGAAACUAGCACGGAGUGAUUGGGUGCGAAGUUUGAUAUUUGCAUAA